AUGAAGUUUUUCAUCAUCAGAAACACAAACAAACUAUUCAAUAUACGACGAUUCCAAGUAUUAUGUAACUUGAAAAAAAACGAACGACGUACUUCAAAAUGUCGUGUAUGUUAUGUUAUAUUAAGUUUAUUCAAUAUUACAUAUGCAAGUAAACCUGAUCUUCAAUAUUCAAACGUAAUAAGAAAUUCAACAAAUUCAUCCAUAUCUACUCCACUGGAUGAUUAUUAUGAUCAUUAUUACUAUGAUACAUCCGACGCACGUCAACAUAAAAUGAACAUAAACUCUAUUUUUCUUUUCGUUAUAUUUGUUUACUGUCUAUAA